UUUUCAAAGGUAACAGUUGAGUGCAUUAACUAUCCCAACACGGUUUAUAGAUGAGCCGAUGAGCAAAAUUUAAGACCUCAACCGUACUCUCUUCAUGAAUCUCUAUAUAUAACCCGCCUUCAAGCUUCUUCUUCUCACCAGAAGUCAAUCUUUUAAAGUGUUAGAAAAAGAUGGCUUCUUGUUCUUCUAGGUUUCUUGUUUUCUUGAUUCUCGGUGUUCUUGUGUGCAACAUUAAUGCGAGGAAGCUAGUUGGGGGUGAAAAGGGUGGUUUUCAGGAGGAGAAGAAUUUUGUUCACCGUCCUAGACUUGGUGGUGGCGGUGGACUAGGUGGAGGGGGCGGUGGAGGAUUUGGUGGUGGAGGUGGGCUAGGUGGUGGUGCUGGAGGUGGAGCUGGGUUUGGUGGGGGUGCUGGUGCUGGAGGGGGACUAGGUGGCGGAGGUGGACUUGGUGGAGGUGGUGGGGGAGGGUUUGGUGGAGGCGGCGGUGGAGGAGUGGGUGGCGGGUCUGGUUUCGGAGGUGGAGCUGGAUUUGGAGGUGGUGCUGGAGCUGGUGGUGGACUAGGUGGGGGAGCUGGAGGAGGCUUUGGAGGGGGUGGCGGCGGUGGACUUGGCGGUGGUGCUGGUGCUGGUGGUGGUUUUGGAGCUGGAGGUGGCGCUGGUGGCGGCCUAGAUGGUGGAUAUCCUUAAAACACAUCACUCUUUAAGCUAUUGUUACUCCUUAUUACCAACAUGCACUCUUUAGUUAUCUUCCUUCCAAAUGUUAAUCGAGAAAUUCAAUAAGCUCUUUGAAGCAGAAAUGAGUUUAAUUUGUAGUUUAAUUAUUGUACUCGAACCAAAUGUAUGAUAAUUAUUGUGGUGUUUUCACCUUCGCUAAUAUUAAAAUUUCAAUAAUUUGUGCA